UAUAUACAAGCUGAGGCUUUCUGUGCAUGACCAAAUGGGGUUUGAUAGACAAAGUUCAAAGAAUGGAGGAGGUUAUGUUGGUGGCUUCCUCCAACUGUUCGACUGGAAUGGCAAGUCGCGUAAGAAACUGUUCUCCAACAAAUCUGAUUUUCCAGAGGGAUCUAAACAAGGGAAGAAAAGGGACGGCAAUUUUCCAAUGACAAGACUCCGACUGAUGGAGGAGGAUGAGAAUGGAGGGGCUAGUAUAAAAGGGAGCAGUGAUUACAGCUGUGCUUCAUCAGUGACUGAUGAUGAUGGAUACGGUACCAGGGUAACCAAGGCUCCCGGGGUGGUAGCCAGGCUUAUGGGGUUAGAUUCUUUGCCAACUUCCAACACUGCUGAGUCCUAUUCUACCCCGUUUUUCGAUUCCCGCUCCCUUCGAGAUGCAAAUUACCACAGUAGAAUCUCUGAGCUUCACAAUGAACAGCAAAUUUUGCAUUCUAGCAACCAUCUCCCUGAAUGUGAGGGCUUCUCUAGAAAUCUUGCAGAAUGUAGGCCUCAUAAGAUGCAGAGCCGGCCAAUUGAGAGGUUCCAGACUGAAAUGUUGCCUCCUAAAUCAGCUAAAUCUAUCCCAAUCACCCAUCAUAAGCUUUUGUCUCCAAUCAAGAGCCCUGGAUUCUUCCCAUCCAAGAAUGCAGCUCACAUAAUGGAGGCAGCUGCAAAGAUAAUUGAACCAGGACCUCAAACUACAACCAAGGGUAAAAUGCCAUCAAUUGGUUCUACUUCAAUUCCCUUGAAAGUUAGGGAUUUUAAGGAGAAGAUUGAAGCUGCACAGAGACCACCCAGGCUUCCCGAAGCAUCUCGAAAGCUAGUUGACUCAAGUUCUGCUAAGUAUAUUAAGGGACAGUCAUUAACCAAAAGCUGGAAUGGUUCAGAAGGUACACCUCAGUUAAGGGCGUCUUCAGAUUCAGAAGACAGUAGUUCAGUUGGUUCGAAAAAUAAGGCUAAAUCCAUUUCACUUGCAAUCCAAGCAAAGGUCAAUGUUCAGAGGAGAGAGGGCUUGGACUUGAAUAGUAGUGGGAAUCUGGUCAGCCAGAAGUCUGAUGUUAAGGCAAACCAGCCAUUCAAGAACCAGCCAAAUGCCCAAAAGAAUACACAGAAAAAAGCUUCCAUUCAGGGUCCUUCGAGUGUGCUCAGGCAGAAUAACCAAAAACAGAAUUGUCUAACGAAAAAAGACAAGUUAUCCUCGAAGCCUUCAGUUUCUCGCCAACAAGGAAGAAAACCUCUGUCUGGGGAUUCAUCCAUUGGCCGUAAUAAAACUUUAAACAAAGCUGCAGGGAACUCCAAAGUUGGAUCCAGAAGGACUAGCUUAGAGGCUACAAAUGUUGAAAAGAUCCCAUCAUCUUCAACCAAUAAUGUCCCUCGAAAGAAACGAUCAAUUGAUAGAGAUUUUCACUCUGAGAAAAAUGGGAUAGUUGCUACUGCUUCUGCUGAUAAAGAUGAUAAGCCUAUCUUGUCCAAUGUUGAUCGACUUGGGCAGUCAACAUGGGCAGAUGAUAACAAAAGAAAUGGAAUGGAUGUUGUUUCUUUUACAUUCACUUCUCCUAUGAUAAAAGGUGUUCCUGCAUCACAGUCUUCUAGUACGGUGGAGAGAAGUAGUGUAUUUUCUGUGGAUUCUCGUGGUGAUAAAACUCCUGCUGAUGUGAAAAAUGCAAAACUAUCUUCUUUAGGACUAAACAUGAUAGGAGGUGAUGCUUUGAGUGUUCUUUUGGAACAAAAGCUGAGAGAACUCACAUAUGGAAUUGGCUCUUCUUACCAUAGCUCGGUCAAAACAGGGACUGCUGCUAGUUCUGCAUCAAUUCUGGAAGAUUUGGUGUCUGCUCUCAAUGCAGUAAGCACAUCUCCAGGGGGAUGUAACAAUGGUUCCCAAAUUGGGCUGUGCACCGAUAAAUUUAGCAGCAGUCGUGAUACCACCUGCUUUUCAACUGACAUUCAGGUGCUCAAAAUGAACCAUAAGUUGCUGGAAGGGGAAGCCAUGAGCAAGUGGAGCAGUGGCAACAGUGAACCUGGGACAGAAAGUGAUUGUCGACAUCCCAGUCCAGCUUCUGUUCUUGAUCCGUCUUUCUCAAAUGAAAGUUGCAGUUAUUCAGAUAGCGUGGACAGUGAGAGUAGCACUGGUAACAAGCGGUGUUCUGUUCAAGCUCAUGAAGUGAUUGGUUUGAGUCAUCCGGGAAAAAUUCAACCAAUGGAAGUUGAGGCAGAGUUAUCUGAUUCAGCCUGCUCCACUUCUACUGGGAAGAGAGGUGUAAAACUUAAAACCUCAUUCAGUGUUUCAGGCAGUGCCCAAUCAGAGAAAUGGGAAUUGGAAUAUGUGAGGGAGAUAUUAUGCAAUGUAGAAUUAAUGUUCAGCGAUUACACGUUGGGGCGGGUUCGUGAGAUCAUAAACCCCCAUCUCUUUUACCAAUUGGAGAAUGAGAAACCUGGGUUGAGAAGUGAGGGAGAGAGAGGUUGUGCACCGAGGCGGAAGAUGGUAUUUGAUUGUGUUAGUGAAAGUUUAGAUUUAAGAUGUAGGCGGUAUGCGGGUGGGGGCUACAGAACAUGGGCAAAUGGGGUGGCAAUGGUGCGGAGGAAGGGUUGGUUAGCAGAGGAAGUUUGCAACGAGAUCUCAGGGUGGACAAGUAUGGGAGAUUGGAUGGUGGAUGAACUUGUAGACAAGGACAUGAGCAGUCAGUAUGGAAGAUGGCUUGAUUUUGAAAUUGAGGCAUUUGAAGUGGGAGUAGAGCUGGAGAGGGAGUUAUUAAGUUCAUUGGUUGAUGAAGUUGUUACAGACCUAAUAUUUGGAUAACUAUUCAAAGGGUGGGUUAUCGUUCAACUCCAAUGUAAGUGUAUUCUUCAUGUAUCUCCCAGUUGGGGACCUUGUUUUGAUUCUUUAAUCACAGUUUUCUGUGUUACUGUGUAAUGCUCUGGAUUCGCUGCAGAGGAUCUUGGUCCGUCUUUAAAUGGGCUUAUUUUAAAUCAAGAUCCAGAAAGCUUCGGUAUGGUGGGCUUUUGCUCUGUUACUCUUUC